AUGUUGAAUGCUCGACCUCAUUAUCGACCCCGUCUACUAAUAAGCCCUGCCGUCGGAUAUGGCCAGCCAACGCCAUCAGUUAAUCUUUUGUGGAAAUUGAAUUGGCCAUACAAAAUCUCAACUAUUAUCGCUGGUUUGUUAAUAUUAUUUGCACUUGCAUUGAUUGCUCUCGAAAUCGCGUUCGUGGUUGAAAUGGGAGAAGUGAACACUGGAAAUGUCUUCACAUCAGGAGUUGGUAUUUGGUCUGGAUUUUUCAUCCUUGUGGCUGGUAUUUUCAUCCUUUUCAUUGAUUGUGUGAAUGCUGUACGUCUUUUUACCUUGGUAUCGUUUGGUCUCGUCAUUUUAGCCACUUGUUUUGCAAUCAUUGCGUUUUCCAUAAAUGCUUACAGAGUUCAUCUCUCAGUUCAGUACAGUCUUUUCUCGAGUAGUGGUUCUCCUGUACCAAGUCUAGCAGCUACAGAGCUGGCUGUCGGCGUUGUUGCAUUUCUAUUUUGCCUUGUCUUUAUCGGUAUCUAUAUAUUCACUGCUAUUAGAAUCUCUCGUAAAUCCAAAGUACAAAAAAAUAUCUAUCCUAUUCAGUAA